AAUUCAUAACGGGGUGGCUUCGAGGUUGGUUUAGUCGGGGAUGAAGUCUCCCGCACGAAUUAUUUAACAUUUUAGAGUUGACUCGCCACAAGGGAUGACAAGUCAGAAGUUUAAAAUAUCAACAUUUUGGUUGUGUUUUUGGGGUAUAAUAGCGAUAGGAUUGAGCGAGCAGUAUGUCUUGAACAGAGCUAAAGGGCAUGGAGUAUUUGAAGAUCAAUCUUACAAUGAUCCCAUAGGAGAAUUUACAGAUUAYGAACGRAGAACAUACGCAUAUGGGGCAUCACGUAAUGAAAUUAAUGAUGACGUAAAUGAUGACGUGUCUGAUGACGUGUCUGAUGAUGAAUCUGACGUCAAUGAAAAUGACAGGAGAAUGAAAGAAUGGUUUCUUGGCCAGAUAGACGAACACCGCAAGGAACUGGCAUCAARACCGAAGGAAGUCAAGAAAGAGAUGAAUAAAAAAGGCGAAACGAAAGAAGACAUAGAAGCCUUGAAAAGAGAGGAAGAGAAAAAUGAAAGAGAGCUAGAAAGCAAGGAUAAACGCAGAAAUGUUCCUAUUCCUGGRCAGUUGUUCGAAGAAGAUAUAUACAUGACACGGCAUUUACGCGAUCACAUCAUCGGAGCAGAUAAUGUUAAAAGGGACGCUUUGAGGUACGAGGAGUACCAAUGGCCGAAAGAAGACGAUGUAGUCAAAGUACCCUACGAAAUCAACGACAACUUUAAUUCACUAAAACGAGAAAGACUGAGACAAGCCAUUGAAGAUUACAACAAGUACACGUGCAUUCGUUUUAUACCCAAAGAAGAACAACACAAAGAUUAUSUACAUUUUUUCUCAAACCAAUCAAUGUGUUACUCCAGCGUAGGCAGGCAGGGUGGAAAACAAAAAAUAUCUAUCGGUGAUGGCUGUGAGAGAAAAGGGACCGUCAUCCAUGAGAUGUUACAUAGUAUUGGCUUUAUUCACGAACAAUCACGWCCCGAUAGAGACCAACACGUUGAAGUAGAAUGGGAAAAUAUMAAAGAACGCCUCAAGCACAAUUUUCAAAAAUACCCAGGUUACCUUGUAACUAACUUAAGUGUUCCAUACGACUUUGACUCUGUCCUCCAUUACCACAACAGCGCUUUUACCAAAAAUGGAGAACCGACCUUGGUUGACAUCGAGGAUAACGGGAAUGCAAAGGACAGAAAGUUUGGCCAGAGAAUUGGCUUCAGCAAACGGAAUGUUGAACAAGUAAAUGCGUUGUACAAGUGUGUCGUUAACAACUUGGAAGAAAAAAUGGACGAUCUUGAAUAUGACAAAUAACUUUAAAUAAAUGCUGUCAAGUAGCGGCUA